UGAUUGUACAAUUCCGUGUAAAGUUCCAUUGCGCUAUGAGGAAUGGGCCACAUUUAGCAUAAACUUGAGCCGCAAGUAAACCUUGAACCAUUCCCAAUAUUUUGAUGGCCAUAGCGUUUGCUCGGUCCGCUAUCACCUACCACAGCAUUAUAACCUCAAAUCUACUGUCACGUUUUCAACGUAAACAAACGCGGGGUGGUUUUGAACUAGUGCAAUAAUAUCCUGCGGACAUGGGUGACUCUCAGUAUUUCCAGGCGUACGAGGAUCUUGAGAUCCACGAAAUAAUGCUCCGCGACAGACCUCGCCAGGAAGCCUACUGCAAUGCAAUCACGUCCAAUGCGGCAAUGUUUAAGGACAAAGUGGUCCUAGAUGUUGGGGCUGGCACUGGAAUCCUGUCCAUAUUCUGUGCUCGAGCUGGCGCUAAGACAGUAUAUGCGGUUGAGGCAUCAAACCUGGCUGCUAUCGCGGUGGACGUGGUGCGAGAGAACAGUCUCACCCCAAUUAUUAAAGUCAUCCAGCAACGUAUCGAGGACUUUGAACUACCUCCCACUAUCGACAAGGUUGAUAUCAUAGUUUCCGAAUGGAUGGGCUUCUAUCUCCUACACGAAGGCAUGCUCGAUUCCGUCAUAUUCGCUCGAAACAAGUUCCUCCGUCCGGGAGGUCGUAUGUUCCCCGAAACAGCCGCAAUCUACGUUGCUCCUUGUUCGGUGCCGGCCCUUUUUGACUACUGGGAUAACGUGGAUGGGGUUAAAAUGCAAAGUUUCGCCCAACUUCUGCGGGCGAAACGGUCCAGUAAGCCGGAAAUAUUAACCAUUGGAAAAGAGGAUCUCCUACACGAAGGUAUUGUGAUGUCGUGGAUUGAUUUGCACGAAGUUAGCCCGGAAGACUUGGAUGAAAUCAGCUUGAAAGAAGUUGUACCUGUCCGACGGGAUGGGAGCUAUCAAGGACUUUGUAUAUGGUUCGAUUGUCAGUUUCCAACGCAUGAUCCUGAUGGGGGCAUUGUGUUCUCAACCAGUCCUAAAUCGCCGCAAACUCACUGGAAACAGUGCAUAGUGGUGUUGCCGAGCAAUGCAUGUGAAGAUGUCACGAAAGGGGAACCUAUCGCUUUUGGGCUUGUGAUGAAAAGGAACCCAAACGAUAGAAGGAAGUACAACAUUGAAAUGAGUUUACUCGACUCAGCAGAGGUGGAGCAUCCUUUGCCCUGCGAUUGCAUAAUGACGAAAUGUAUACUAACCAAAGCUCAUUUAGCAACCAUGGAAGUAGAUAAUUAAGAAUAAAGUCGAAAUUUUUUAAAUAGAAACGAAUUUUUGAUUAUA